GACGCGGCGAGCCCUCCCUGCCGGGAGAGCCAGCCCUGCGGCACGCAGCGCCAUGGUCUCAUGGAUCAUCUCCAGGCUAGUGGUUUAAUGGAGGGAGACGGACAUCUCUAAGGAGCUUCCAUUAAAGGCUUAUAUUUGGCACUCUUUACCCCGCAUAUUAUUCUUACAAAGCCGUGAAAUCAAAGGACAUCAAAGAAUAUGUCAAAUGGAUGAUGUACUGGAUCAUAUUCGCGCUCUUCACGACAGCAGAGACAUUCACGGAUAUCUUUCUUUGCUGGUUUCCAUUCUACUAUGAACUCAAAAUAGCUUUUGUAGCUUGGCUGCUGUCUCCAUACACAAAAGGCUCCAGCCUCCUGUACAGGAAAUUUGUUCAUCCAACACUGUCUUCAAAAGAAAAGGAGAUCGAUGACUGCCUCGUCCAGGCAAAAGACCGGAGCUACGAUGCCCUUGUGCACUUUGGGAAGCGGGGGCUGAACGUCGCAGCCACGGCAGCUGUCAUGGCGGCUUCAAAGGUCUCUCAGGUACUUCAUUUGCACUUGUAUUUGGACCAGAAAAAAGGGCAGGGACAGGGGGCUCUGUCUGAGAGACUAAGGAGCUUUAGCAUGCAGGACCUCUCGACGAUUCGUGGAGACAGCAGCAGCACUGUUCCUCCUUCGGUCACUGUACGAACAAGUAGCAAACAGAGCCAGCCAAAAACAUCCAGAAGUGCAUCAGAAGGCACCGGCAGCUCAGUGUGCACGUGUUGCUCAGUAUGCCGACUCCUCAGAGGUGUGGACAAUAAGUAUGAAAAGCCACCUGAGGCAAACUGUGAAAUAAAAGGCUCUAUGUUCUCAGAUGAUGAAGAGAACUAUUCAUUGGAUUGUGCAUCCAUGAACAAAAGGCCCAAAAAGAAGGAUCAACCCCUUGAGGCACCGCCUAGGACCCUUAGACCUCGCUUCAGGAAGAAAAGUACCUCGUCCUCUGCCACUGAAACAAUGUUGUUUACAGGUGUUGCCCCAAGUCUGUCGUUUCACUCUUUGGCUACUUGCAUUCAUUCCGAACAAACGCCAGACAUGAAGUCCUUUGUCGCAGUUUUUCUCUUGAGCCCCUGCCAAGGAACAAGCCCGAUUCAGCGAGUCGCCUCCCUGCGCUGAUGCUGACCCCUCCUGGCAAACAGGAGUUUGCAGGACUCGAGCGAAGAGGGGACACAUGGAUGGCGGCUUCUCAGGCGUGUGUUGAUGCGGAGCAAUUCUCGGCUUCCUCCCAGCUCAGGCUCUGAGGGUGCAAGCCGGCUAACCGCUUGCAGAUUACUCCUAGAAGCAAGCAAUCCUUCAGCUGAUGGUUUAAAAUAGCAACAGAUCUGGCUUGAGUAAGAAAAGCCCUGUCAUAGGGGCCUUUCAGGCAGCCGUCCUCUACAAUUGGUCCUGUAGGGCAGGCAGGCACCUCCCGACUUCUCAGAGAUGGCCUGGAGAGCGUAACCCUGAAAGAAACAGGCCAGCCCCAGAAAAUACAGCCUUUAACCAGCACAAGGCUCAAGUGAAAUGUGCGUUAUUUUGAGCAAGUAAAAUUGAGGCUGAGGGGAAGGAAACUGCAGCUGAAGAUAGUCCAUGGUAAACAGGCCUAUGAAUUACCUCACCCAUUUCCCAUAAAUUCACCUCAAUUAUGAAGAGAACAAGCUCGAGGAGGUCAGCACAGUCCUCCGCGCCUCCUUUCUUGUUGUAGGGGCCAGUGUCAGCGCAGUUACACCAAUUGCUGAAUCAGGAUCACAUCAAAUACAGACCAGACAGACUUCAUGUGUAUCACUGACACCUUGGAAUUAAUCCCAUGCUAAUCUAAAUUGUGUAAGUGCAAACCCAGCAUAGAAGGAAAGGAGAAUGGGGUUAUUUAUUCCUAAUGAGAGGGAGAAAGCUGCUUGGAGAGGUACGAUGCUCCCUAGCCUCAUGUAAACAACCUGCUGCCUCCGACUGCUCUCUGGAGUGUUCUCGUGUACUUGUACUUGUGACCGAAUGCUUGCUGAUCACAGUCUCAUUUUUGCUCUUUGUUUCGGGUACCCAUUUUGCAUCUAGCACCAUAUCUGAAGUAGCAGAGAACACUACGUUGGGAUUUGCAUUUAGACAAACUAUUUGAGGAUCGUAAUUGUGCCCUUCACGUGAUGGUAGAAAAGAUCUGUGAUGAAAUGGUACACUUAACGCCUCACAAGGAUGGCCAUUACAACAGUAUUCCAAAGGUUGAUGUUUUGUUGGUUUUGUUAUACUGCUUGAUCUACAUCUUGAAUAAAGUCUUAAUCUUUUCUUGAAAAAAAAAAGAAAAAAAAAAGAAAACAUCUUUAGUCUGUUCAAUGUAUCUGGCAGGCCAGAAUAAUUACUUUGAUGGCUGUAUUAUUUUUAUCUCAAUUCUGGCUGACUGUAUAUAGAUGUAUUCACUAAGUGCUGCAUGUCCUUCAGAACUUCUUUCUGUAUUAUGAACUGGAAAAGAAAAUACAGCUACUGAACA